AUGAGUUCUAAUCAUACCUUCCUGGACCCGUCUCUCUACACCCUAGCCGAGGAUGAAGCCGCAUUUAUUAAAUCUCAGACUGGAAUAUACGACGGACGACGAGCUAAAAAGCCUCAUAUUCGCUAUCCGGGAAGAGGCAUGCACAGUGGAUGGGUAUUCAUCCUAGCAUUUCGUGCUAGUGUAACGGCGAUGCAGAUUUACCCUUUUUCGAGCAUUCACCAAUUCGAGUUUGCUCAACCCAAAAUUUCCAAACUGCCGUGCUACCAACAGUUCUUGAACCUCGGAAGAGGUUGUAAGGGAAUAUACGCUGAUAUUGGAUGUUGCCUUGGUGCUGACCCCAGAAAGGCGGUCAUGGAUGGCUAUCCCAUAGAUCAAAUUGUUGCCUCGGAUUUGCGCCCCGAGUUUUGGGAACUCGGUCACAAGUUCUUCAAGAGCACUCCUGAAACCUUCCCAGCACGUUUUAUCCCUGUAGACAUCUUCGACCUGACAGGUCUAUCAAAGACAGAAGGAGGCCCUAUCCCCGAUAUCUCCAAAGUGCAGUCCCUGGCCGAGCUCAGAGGAAACAUUUCCGCUAUCCACGCCUCAGCUCUCUUCCACUUUUUCAACUAUGAAGAACAGUUCGAACUCGGUAAAAUUAUGGCAUCUCUGUUGUCAUUCGCUCCAGGCUUCAUGAUCUUUGGGGCACAUGUUAGUCGACCUGAAGGACAGAUCUACCUCGAGGUUGCCCUGGACAACGAUGAUAGAUAUGGUAUCUUCUUCCACUCACCAGAGAGUUAG